GCAAUGAAUACCACACGUGUGUUAAAUUUUGUUGGCUAAAUACGGUUUUUAACUUUAAAUUCGUUUUAUUAACUAUUCGUAAAGCAAUGUCGUGGACUGCUAAUAGCGAAUGGGAGAGAUGGGAUCCGGAAAAGCUUGUCGUCUGUCCUUAUGACCCUUCGCACAGAAUAGCCGUCAAAAGAUUUCAAAGGCAUCUUGUCAAGUGCAGAAAGAAUCAUCCUGACAAGGAUUUUGUUAGCUGCCCAUUCAAUGCAUCGCACAAGGUGUUGAGAUUGGAUUUAUAUAAUCACAUCUGUAAAUGUCCAGAUAAGAAUUUUGUGGAGGCAUAUCCUACUGACUUUGAAGCUGAUGGAAAACUAAAGGGAAACACCUCAUUGCCCGAUUAUAAGACCUCAGUAUUGUCGGAUCGUGAUGAUGAAGAUUGGGACGCUGAAAUAGCCGCAAGUCAGCAGGAAAUGUUUCCUGCCAAACAACUGGAUCUUGUUAGUACAACUAAAAAUGUCUCAAGGUUUGGUCGUACAAUGCAUAGAUGAAGUUGUGGGAAUGUGUAGACUUUGUUCUCGAUCAAGUAAGAUUAAAGUUCUUAGAAAGAGAUUUUAAAAAAACACUGUAUUAUUUACAAAUUUGUUGCCAAGCUCAAAUAGCUCAUUAUGAGACAAUUAUAAGAUAACAAUACCGGUUUUCUUAUAAUAACUCUUAACGAUAACAAUUCCCGUUGGUUCAACAUGGAAUGUUCACCUUUGAACUUGGCAAACGAAAAACCCAGAAAAUUUGGUAUAAUACAAUAGAGAACUUGUCAGUCGUUCGCUAUUGAAAUACUCGUGUACAUAAGGAAAUAAAGCGAAUACAUUUUAAUAUCAGCCUUUUAAGCUGGUGUAAGUUUU